GUCAGGAAGUUCUUCUUAAUGUUCAGAUGGAAUCUACUUUCCUGUAAUUUGAACCCACUACUGUCAGUAAUCAGAAAGGGAAAAACAAGAAUCAAGUGUCCUUAUUGGAAUUAAAUGUACAUAGCACUGUUGACAUGGAGGAGAAAGCAUAUAAAUGUAUCGAAUGUGGAAAGAGCUUUAGUCAGCAUGGAAAGCUGAAGAGACAUCAAAGGACUCACACUGGGGAGAAACCCUAUAACUGCCUGGAGUGUGGACAGAGCUUUGCUCAUAGUUCAGGACUACGUUCACAUCAAAGGACUCACACUGGGGAGAAACCCUAUAAAUGCCUCGAGUGUGGACAGAGCUUCUCUCAUAAUUCACAUUUACAUAGACAUCAAAGGACUCACACUGGGGAGAAACCCUAUAACUGCCUGGAGUGUGGGCAGAGCUUCACUCAUAGUUCAAGCCUACGUAGACAUCAAAGGACUCACACUGGGGAGAAACCCUAUAACUGCCUGGAGUGUGGGCAGAGCUUCACUCAUAAUUCAAGCCUACGUUCACAUCAAAGGACUCACACUGGAGAGAAACCCUAUAACUGCCUGGAGUGUGGGCAGAGCUUCACUCAUACUUCAGGCCUACGUAGACAUCAAAGGACUCACACUGGGGAGAAACCCUAUAACUGCCUGGAGUGUGGGCAGAGCUUUGCUGUUAGUUCAGGUCUGCGUUCACAUCAAAGGACCCACACUGAGGAGAAACCUUACAAAUGCCUGGAGUGUGGACAGAGCUUUGCUCAGACGGGACAUUUACGUUCCCAUCAAAGGACCCACACUGGGGAGAAACCCUAUAACUGCCUGGAGUGUGGACAGAGCUUCAGUGAUUGUUCAAGUCUACGUUCACAUCAAAGGACCCACACUGGGGAGAAACCCUAUAAAUGCCUGGAGUGUGGACAGAGCUUCUCUCAUAAUUCACAUCUACAUAGACAUCAAAGGACUCACACUGGGGAGAAACCCUAUAACUGCCUGGAGUGUGGGCAGAGCUUUACUCUGAAGGAAAACUUACAAACACAUCAAAGGACUCACACUGGUGAGAAACCCUAUAAAUGCUUGGAGUGUGGACAGAGCUUUGCUCGUAGUUCAGGACUACGUUCACAUCAAAGGACCCACACUGGGGAGAAACCCUAUAACUGCCUGGAGUGUGGACAGAGCUUCAUUGAUUGUUCAACUCUACGUUCACAUCAAAGGACCCACACUGGGGAGAAACCCUAUAAAUGUCUGGAGUGUGGUCAGAGCUUUGCUCGUAGUUCAGGACUAUGUUCACAUCAAAGGACCCACACUGGGGAGAAACCCUAUAACUGCCUGGAGUGUGGACAGAGCUUUGCUCAUAGUUCAGGACUACGUACACAUCAAAAGACUCACGCUGGGGAGAAACCCUAUAACUUCCUGGUGUGGACAGAGCUUCAUUGAUUGUUCAACUAUACGUUCACAUCAAAGGACCCACACUGGGGAGAAACCCUAUAACUGCCUGGAGUGUGGACAGAGCUUUGCUGUUAGUUCAGGUCUACGUUCACAUCAAAAGACGCACACUGGGGAGAAACCAUA